UUGCCUUCAGACCACAGCGUCGAUCGGUGUGGCGAUAUUUUAAAAGUGUGAUUCGCGUGUGAUCUUUUUUUUUUUAAUUCAGUGUUAUAUUUCGGAGUAAAUAAAGGUUUAUAUAAUCGGAUAGUCAACAGUAAAAUGCGUGAAAACCUCUCAUGACAGUUGGAAUUGAAAAUACGAGCGGAGAGAAGAUGGCGGUCUCGAACAAUUCAUUCGCGGAAACAUACAACCGCCUGUUUGUUGAAUUAGCAGAUCCUCGAACUAAUGAUUGGUUCCUCAUUAAAAGCCCGAUACCAGGGCUCACCAUAAUAGGAUUGUAUCUAUACUUCACACUAAAAUGGGGUCCACGUUACAUGGCCGACAAAAAACCCUUUCAACUCCAGAAGACGUUAGUGGUCUAUAACUUUAUACAAGUUUUAGUUAGCUGCUGGUUGUUUUACGAGGGCCUCGACGCUGGUUGGUUGAGGACUUAUAGUUGGAAAUGUCAACCAGUUGAUUUUUCGUCGACACCUGAAGCGUUAAGGGUGGCACGUGGUGUUUACAUAUAUUUCCUUGCGAAAAUGUCAGAACUACUCGACACGGUGUUCUUCGUUAUACGAAAAAAAGACCGUCAGAUCACCUUUUUACAUUUGUACCACCACACCGUGAUGCCUAUGAUAUCAUGGGGAGCGACCAAGUACUAUCCUGGAGGUCAUGGAACUCUGAUAGGAGUCAUCAACUCCUUCGUUCAUAUAAUAAUGUACACAUAUUAUAUGCUGGCGGCAAUGGGACCUCAAUACCAGAAAUUCUUAUUCUGGAAGAAAUAUAUCACAACAUUGCAAAUGCUCCAGUUCUGCAUCGCUUUUAUUCAUUCCUCCCAGCUGCUCUUCUACGACUGCGGCUAUCCUCGUUGGUCUGUCGUCUUCACCCUCCCAAACUCCAUCUUCUUCUACUACCUCUUCUACGACUUUUAUUACAAGGCAUACGGUAAACCAGGAGACAAGAAAAAAGUUAAGAAAAAUGAGGAAAUCGUCAAUAAGCACACGAAGUCGAAUGGAAUUGCAAAUGGCGUUAAAUCCGAAAACGGCAUAGUAAACGGAAUCCUGAAUGCAGGAAAGAAGAUAGAUUAAUUCAAACAAGGGUAUUGGUUCAUAUUGUAAAUAUAUUAUCUUAAUACGUGUACCAUAUUUUAAAGGGAUUUUUUUAAUAUUAAAAUGUACUUUAAUUUUAACGACUCGACGUACCCGGAUAUAUGAUUUUUAAGUCUACGAAGCUGAUAAAAUACCACACCAGCAAAAGUGUUUCCAAAAAUGAUUGAGUCCUACAAGGUAAUGAUGCAUCGUGCAACUUAUCAUUUGAAAUAUUAAAAAAAAUAGGUCUUUUAGCAACCGCAAAUAAGUUGUAAGGCUUAGAAGUAUAUUUUUAUACUUCUCGAUUAUUAUAGUAUUAGAUAUAAAAAAAAACAAUUUUCGGUGAUAGUCACACCUUGGUUACCAAUUUUGUGAGGAAUUAUGGGUUUAUAAUGCAAAUAUUAAACAUAAUCUAGUUGUAAUGACUAGUAUUCAUGUUUGAUAGGCUAUUUUAUUUUUGGUCAUAUUUACCAAUAAUUAUAUUAAGCCAUAUAGAAUUAAGUGGAUGCAGAAAAUAUUUAUUAAUUUUAUUUUGAUAGAUGAUUUUCUGUUAACCACCCAAAAUAAUUUGAAAAUAGAUCUAGACAGUUUUGUAUAUAAGUACGAUAGUGUUAAAUACAUGAUAUAAUGAUAGUAUUUCUCCAAAUAUUUUAUUUUUAUUUGUUAAAUAUACUUUCAAUAAAAAUGUGCUACUUCCAUUCCGCCUCGAUGAGAACUCCGUCUUUAUUAAUUGCAAGUUGUCAAACUGAAUAUUAAGCGACACAAUAAAAAGAUCCCAAAGAGUUUGUACUGUAUUGAUGUUUUGUAAAAGCAACUUGAACUUGGUUCGUAAUAUGACAGAGUGAUAAACUACAUUGACUUCAAAAAUUAAUUAUAAUACAGUUAAAACCUUUUAUGGCGACAUCGUUUAGAACAACAUAUCGGUUAUUAUGACCAAAAUCAAAGGUCCCGGCUGAAUGCCAUAUAACUGUCUUAUAAAAAAUAUUGCUUUUUACGACAUUGCUUACUACGACAUACCGCAUUAAACGACCACAUUUGGCUAAUGUUUUCGAAAAUUUAUAUCUGUAGAACAACCAGCUGAUCCGUAUUGUAAACAAUUUGAAUAGGCACAGUGCAAUUAAUGGUCAAUGGCAAUUAUCAUAAAAGUCGUCACAGUAAACACGUGUCGAGUUUAGGCACAAAUUAAAGGUUUAGGGUCUUUUGUAAUUCUUAGCAACAAAACAAACGCAACCAAAUUGGUACACAAGACGCACCAAAACACAGUGUUGAGUUAAUUGUGAAACUGUCAACAUGUCGGAUGCAAAAAGAAAG